UAUUGAGCACUAGCCCGGGAUUCCUCUUUGAACCCUCCGAGCCGUGAACAGCACCUCUGCUGUACAACAACACUACCAAUUCGACAUGUACGAGUAUUGCGAAAGUCAAUGAGAUCACAAUCCUAGCUAGCGACCUCAAGAUGAAGUAUCCUUCGAGGGUAGAGAGAUGAGAUAUCACGCAGUCCGAGGAGCAGCACCAUGUCAGAGCUUGGAACGUCGAAGAGAAAGCGGCGCGGUGGGCCGCGCAGGAAAACAGGGUGCCAUACCUGCAAGGCUCGGCACAGUCGCUGUGACGAGAAGAAGCCUGUCUGCAGCAAUUGCGAGCGACUGAAUUUGGAGUGCAAACAGUCCGAUUUCAUCGCGCCGUCCUCAUGGAACAAUACACCUUCGGAGCCUACGCCUCCUGCUCCUACCCCAGCCCUGCAAGUGACUAUGGAUGAAAUGCAAUUACUUCCUGUUCAGGCGCAGGAAUCCCCAGAGCGCACCCUAUUUAUGAAUUUCGAACAACCAGCUUCUACAUGGGACAUCUUCAGAACCAGGAUAGACGGCCUAGAUCAGGUAUCAGACGAAUCACCGCCCAAUGAUGUGUUCACCCAGCUCAAUCUCGCGGUCCCCCGGUCACCGAUGUUGACCUCUCCUUCUUCUCUGUCUCCCGAGGCUCCAGUGUCUCUGACAGCUGAGACUGCUUUUCUAUUACAAACGUAUCUACGAACGGUUGCGAGGUGGAUGGAUCUCAUGUGCCACAGUUCCACCUACCAACUCAUAAUUCCUAAGUUGACGCUAACGUCGCCCCUGCUCUUCCACUGCGUAUGCGCUUUCACGGCCAAGUACCUUGCCCUUUCCAACCGUCGCAGUACUAAUUGGGAUUCUACGGCCCGUCAUCAUUACGGCCUGGGACUUCACCACCUUAUCCAUGCACUGAACACGCCAAACCAUCAACACGCUUUGACCGCGACUAUUCUUCUUUCCAGCUAUGAGAUCAUCGCUGGCAUCGCUUCUGAACAUCACCGCCGUCACAUUCUCGGUCAGACUAUGCUCAUCAAACACCAUAACAUCAACGCGCAGUCCACCGGAAUGGACAAGGCGAAUUUCUGGAUCCAUGUGCGACACGAGAUUGGAUUUGCGCAGACGACAGGGCGACCGUUGAUCCUGGACCCGGAAGAAUGGAAUGUCCAUUGGGAGGAGGGCGAGACGCGAGAGGAUGUGCUAGGAAAUCACGUCCUCUGGAUACUCGCGCGCGUUCUCUGCCUGAUAUACGGCGAUGAAGGGUCCGCGGCAUCCGGGAAGCGAAAACGUAUCGCGUUCCUGCAAGAGCUUGAAGAGUGGCGCUCCAGCCUAUCCGACACCUUCAUCGGCAUUCCUUACGGUGAAGCAGACGCCGAGGGUUUCCGUAAGGUGUAUUUCACAGUCACGGCGGCCGCGGCUGCCGCAUUCUGGUACCAUGUCACACAUAUCCUGCUCUAUGCCGAGCCUACGCUACAAGACGAGAGCUAUACGCCUCUUAUUCAAGACCAGGCAAUGCGACUGACGAACAUUGCGAUUUCGGAGUUCCCAGACUCACUGAGGGUGUUUGCAACACAUGGGCUGUUCUUCGCGGCCAAGCAUAUACAAGGCAUAGCGCGGAAAGCACGCAUCUGGAAUAUACUGAAUGAUGUCGAGGCUGAGCUUGGGUACCAUACGCGUAGCAUGGUUAAAAGGCUUCAAGAUCUUGUGGAGCAGGGCUCGUGAUUAGUCAACGCUCGGCCCUAUUGCAGUAAAUCUCGCGUCCAGAUGCACGUACUUUUGAGGUCAGACGGGUAGGCUAGGAAAGCCACGUCUGUUUCAGAUGCGAAACCCUUCGUAGCCAUGCUUUGGUCGCUGAACGAUGAUCGAUCACUUGAUGUAUUGUUGCUACUCGUAGCGACUCAAGUGGUCCAGAAGUUAUGCAGAAACGUUGCGAUGCAGAUAUAGGGAUUCAGUCCAGGGAUUUCAGGAAGGCUGAAGUCAAUACUGGCGACAGGGUGGGCGUGUAUUAUACUUCAAAAAUCAUUCUGUAUUGAGGCAGACCCCCGACCAAAAGCAAUUUAUCGGUUCGCCUG